AUGAAUCGAAGUUUUAGGGCACAAGAGUCGUCGUCGUCUCUGUUGAUGGAUUCAGCAGAGAGGCAGCAGAGGCAACAGCUUAGGGCUUCUAUGAUGGCUGAGAAAGAUGAAGAGUUAUCUCUGUUUCUCGAGAUGAGAAGGCGUGAGAAAGAGCAGGAUAAUAGUCUCCUUCUCAACAACAACCCUCAUGAGUUCGACACUCCUUUAGGUUCAAAGCCUGGAACUUCCCCGGUGUUCAACCUCUCAAGCGGUGGUGGUCCGGCGCGGAAGACAGGUCCUCCAGAUGAUUUUCUCAAUUCUGAAGGGGAUAAAAAUGACUAUGAAUGGCUUCUGACUCCUCCAGGUACUCCUUUGUUUCCUUCUCUGGAGAUGGAAUCACAUAGGACUAUGAUGAGUCAGAGUGGUGAUUCAAAGGGCCGCCCAGCUUCAUUGACUUCUAGGCUGGCGAAUUCCUCAUCAGAGCCUGCCGCAAGGAACCAUCUAACAUCUAGACAACAAACCUCUUCACCUGGAUUGAGCUCUUCCAGUGGAGCAACUCGGAGACCUUCAUCAUCUGGAGGACCUGGAUCAAGACCCGCCACUCCCACCGGAAGAUCAUCAUCAACACAGACAACUAAUUCAAAACCCUCAAGGCCUUCAACACCCACCUCUACUAGAACCACCGUCUCCUCAACUACACGACCUUCUUUGACUCAUUCCAGGUCCAAUGUAUCUGCAACCACUAAGCCUGCAUCUCUGAGUAGGUCAGCAAGUUCAUCUCGCCUCACACCUACUGCAUCUAAACCAACUACUUCAACCACUAGAUCUGCUGGUUCAACAGCUAGAUCUACUACCACUAGCACCGGCACAAAAUCUGCAGGUCCUUCAAGGUCCACCACGCCUCUGUCAAGAUCUACUGCUAGAUCUUCAACACCAACGUCAAGACCCACACUUCCUCCUCCUAAAACCAUAUCGAGGUCAGCUACACCAACUCGCCGUCCCAUCAGUUCUGCAACCACUACAGCAAAGCCGACAAUAUCCAAAGUCAAGCCUUCUUCUCCAGUGGCGAAGCCUAUGCCAACACCAUCCAAAACCCCUGCUGUAUCACGUCCAGCGUCUCCAACAGUGAGGUCAAGGCCAUGGAAGCCAUCAGACAUGCCUGGCUUCUCACUAGAAACUCCUCCGAAUCUAAGAACAACGUUACCAGAAAGGCCACUUUCAGCGACAAGAGGCAGACCCGGAGCUCCAAGCCCACGAUCUGCUUCAGUUGAGCCAAGUGGUCCUGCAGGAGGAAGACCGAGAAGGCAGUCAUGCUCACCAUCAAGAGGAAGAACACCGAUGCACGCCAGUGGUAGCUCUGUUCCUGCAGUUAACCGUGGAUAUUCCAGAGCCAAUGACAAUGUUAGUCCUGUGUUGAUGGGAACCAAAAUGGUGGAGAGAGUGGUGAACAUGCGGAAACUGGCUCCUCCCAGAUCAGAUGACAAGAGUUCUCCUCAAGGUAACUUGUCUGCAAAGUCCUCUUCACCAGACAGUGCUGGCUUUGGAAGAACACUCUCCAAGAAGUCCCUUGAUAUGGCUAUAAGGCAUAUGGAUAUUCGUAGAACCAUACCAGGGAAUCUGAGACCACUAAUGACAAACAUUCCAGCAUCAUCAAUGUACAGUGUGAGAUCUGGACAUACUCGUGGCAGACCAAUGAAUGUUUCAGACUCUCCACUAGCUACAAGCAGCAACGCGAGCUCAGAGAUCAGUGUGUACAACAACAACGGCGUUUGCUUAGAGGCUAGCGAGAAGGAAGAUGAUGCAGGCAGCGAGAGAGGUUGCAGGUCUCCUUCAAGCUUACAAGGGAGAUGAAAAAAUGUAAAACCGUUGUCUUUGUCUUUGACCAUCGAGAUCGUCUCUGUCUUUUUAUUAUUAUUAUUGUGAGUUUCUUUCACACGAGUUUGGCUAUGAUAUGUGAAGUAGCGUUUUGACAUUUUAUGUAAACCUCUCCACUUCCACUCGUCUUACUUUAUAACAUUAACCAAGUGAUUUGUUA